AUGUUUAGGAAGGUCUACCUUCCCUCGAAGGUAUCUGCAUAUGUGCUGUCUUAUCCACAGCUUUUCAUUGCAAUUCCGUUGUUGAUCACUUUCCUGAUAUCUUAUUCUCCUUUGUUGUCGUAUAGUGCUUCUUAUGAGGCGUCCAGCACGUAUCUUUCUCGGAGCGUUCUUGAGACGCAUGAGAAUGGGAAUAGCAGCAGCGACUGGGGCCUGCUGAGCUACGAUUACAAUUAUAGCUUGACUAAAGUGAUUAUCCAACCGGAUGACGGGUCGAAUGCGUUGACCAAGCCGUUUUUAAUAGAGUCUUUGGCAGCACAGGCGAGGAUUAUGCACGAUUUGUCGAAUGUGACAAUCUUGCAUUCGCCCUUUGACCUCUGGGAUAACAGCAUUGAUGCCUUGCGUAAGGAUAGGAUGCCGUUGGCUACCAUCAAUAGGAACUUGCAUAGGAUCCCGCUAUUCUUGUUUCAAGGGCUAGUGAAGGUUAAUGGACACGUCUCUUUUGCCAAGAGGUUGUCCUUUACCGUGAUUUGCCCUAGAGAUAACACAAGCACCGUGGCUUCGCAGUUGAGCAGCAAUAUCGAGGAGAUGAAUAAGAUAAGAAACAUAUCGAAUUUCUAUAUAUUCACGAGUGGGCCUUUUACGUCGCUGGAAACUUCCUCGUCGCCUGUAGAGAUACUGCGGUUCCACAUUUCGAAAUUGAACGCUUUGGACUACCUGUUGAUCCUGGCCAUUUAUUUCCUUAUCGGAUCGUUCUUCUUCUAUAACAUAGAGCACCUCAAAUCGGUCAAGUCUCGUCUAGGUGUGUCUAUUGCCAUCCUGGCUCAGCUAGUAUUGACUGUGUACAGUGCCAAGGCAAUCACUUGUCUCGUUUUCAAAACGUCAUCGGAUAACAUUCCGUGGUUUUUGGUUUACAUACCAGUCAUCUUUGCAUCCUUAUCGAGCUUAUUCAAGACUACCAUGGAGAAAAAGGGUACCGUUUUGAUCGAGUCCGAAUCGACAUCUGACGAAACAGCCCUAAAGGAAGAUGUUCCUCCGUAUGUCGCUUCUCAAAAGGACUUCUUGAUCACCACUGUUAACUCGAACAACUAUACGCUAAGAACAACUUUGUCGAUGCUAUUGCUUCUCGUUAUUGUUACCCCGUUCAGCAGGAAAGUGUCCUGUUUCUUCAUCGUGUCGUUGCUAACCAAUUUAUUCCUACAAAUUACUUAUUUCUCUGCAGUCUUGAGUUUGGAUCAUAGAAGAUUCACCUACAACGAAUUGUUGGCAUUGAGCAACAAUGGUGAUGACUCCACUAGCGAUCUUAAUGUCUCUUUGGACAAAGGGUUGGAUGGAAACAAAAGGCGUUCCAAAUGGGCAACAUGCAUCGAACUUUGUUCAGAACUGAAUGAAUGGCUCCCCAAGACUGAACUUUUGUCGCCCUCUUCUAUUGCUACAGAACUCUACAUGUUUUACUUGAAUACUAGAUUCUCGUCAAUCCGCUCCUCCACAUCGGUGUUGUACAAGCUUUUCAAGGGUAAUCUCUUUAGCUUCUUCAAUAUGUCUACUCCUUUCACAAGAAUUGUCUUCGAUAAAAGGUUUAUUGCAAAUGAACUUUAUAGACUCAGUGGGUCCAAGACUUCCGUUCAAAAUGUUCUACUAAAUGAUCCCUUGAUCAUCAUCAAACACAAGGCAGAAGGUACUUCUCUUGAAAAUAAAACUUUCGAACAGAUAUCGAGAUCUUAUAACUUCUCUCCACUGAACACUUACAAAUUUGACGUUUACUACUUCUUUGAGUUUAUGAUAUUUUUGGUCUUGAUUUUCGUUUCCACAUUGCUAGUAUUGCAGUUGAUAGUCAGGAAACUGGAUCAUUAUAACCUCAAAUUGUAUGAAAUCACCUUGGAAGAGCGUAAAAAUAGACACCAAAGGGGUGAAAUGAAGCGUUCUUCAUCAGUAUCUUCGGUAAACUCAUCGACAUCUUCGUUAUCCUUGGCAGACGGCCAAUCUGAUGAAAAUGUGAAUGCCUUCCACACGAAAGAACUUUCCAUAAAUGGUCAUGAGCUCGACAUUGUGAAUAUAGCUACCUCACAGGCGCCGUUUGUGGUUUCGAUUGCUUUGGACCACAAGGUACUUGUUUGGUCUCCCUUGAGCAAGCCAAUGCCACCUCCAACUAAAAUUCCACUUCCAUCAAGGUUCUGGCCUGUUGUUCAUUGUACGCUAUCGAAUGAUGGCGCUUAUAUUGCAUUUUUCAAUAACACAGGGAGAAUUAAAUGUUGGUCGCGUAAGACAAUGUCUUUCAUAUGGAGUAUCAAACUUGAUUCAGUCGAAUCUAUGCUACCUUUGGAAUCAUUCUUUAGGAAAAAGACCAUCCCGGGCUUCAUGAAGCGUAAGGGUGCGUCGAAUAUGGCUACUACCCAAAACAAAAUUGGUCUAGAAAGACGAGGCAGCGUGAUGUCCAUUAAAUCCAUAGCAUCCGUUUCUUCUACGCAAUUUGGGUCAAGUACUCCAGUGGACGCAAGUUAUGAAAACUUUAGUUACCAUGCCACCAACGAUGAAGUUAACGCCGAAUUUGUAUUUAUCACUGCGGCAAAUAUGAUUCAUGUUAUUGACUAUGAAGGUAAUUUGGCAUCCCAUCAAAUCACUUCUUCUGAGUAUCCGCUAAAAUCUUGUAAAAGAUUAGUAACUCCAAGAAUGAAUGAAAGAUUAGUAUUGUGUGAUGAGGUGGGUGAAUUAUAUGUUUCCACGGCUGUGAAUAACAAGUGGAGGACUAGAAAACUACAAGUUAUUCGAGACCGCUUUAAUAAGGGUCAAGGAUUGAUGACUCCACGGUCUCUAAGAAUGAAAGCAGGUGGACUCAUGGGUAAUAGCAUUUCGCAAGAAACUCUGAAUGAUGAAAAUUCAUCUAUUUCAACCAUUCAACCAUCAGAGACAGAUAAUACUUUAUUGCUCGUUCCAUUCGUUGGUAUGGCUGUGAAAAAAAAUGGUCAUUUUGUAGAAUUGAUAGAUGUCCAAUGCGGUAUCCUUAUUAAAAAAGUGAAGAUUGGUGAGUUCAAGCCUGGCACUUUGCGCGUUUUCCAUGAUCAGCCUACACAUUGUAGAUUUUGUGGGAGUGCGUCCGUUGCUACGCUAUCCAUUGCAUAUACAUCAUUGAAGAACUCACUUAUUAUGCAUUCUUUCCAGUUGGAAAGUAGAACUAAGACUAGUAUUUGUCUUCGUGUUGAGCGUGACCCUCGUGAAAUUCGUUGCUUGGGUUUGGAAUCUGUCGUAGAGAAGAAACACAUUCUAUCCAACGUGGACCGUUGGGAUGUCACCGAGAAUAACACAUUGAUCGGUAUCAGACGUAAGCCCGAGCUGAUAAGCGCAAACACCAACGAACAAAUUGCAUCGACUUCAAUGUCGCACACGAUGUCUGCCAACGAAUUCGAUUUGGAUAAUAAUAUCCACAAUAGAAGUAAAAACAGCAAUCAAGUGAAGAGACUGAACAGUUUCAAGAUCAAUAACGUUUGGGAGGGAUGGACCAUGAAUGCGGACGGCAAAGUGGUAUUCCACGAAAUUCCUACGGGUGUUAAUGGAUUACUUGUCAACAGAAUUGGUCCACUACGCAAGUUUGGUACCAAAUCGAUUAUUGUUGGUUUUGGAAACAUUAUGAAGAUGUUCUACAUUGGACAUGAAGAGUUUUUAUUGGAAGCGGACAGCGUUGGUGUUAACGAAGAAAAUAGUGGUUUACGUUUUGUCAACAAGAGAAGAGAAAGACUUGUGAACAAGAUCAGUACCAACUAUGAAGUCCUGACUGAUUCUCCAACUUAA